AUGGCUGCGAUUCAACCUGAGGUGUGUAUACAGAAAAAUUGGUGGGAACAACAGUUUAACGUCUAUGGAGGACAAGUGUGUAACGCAUUCAUGGCUGGCUCCUGGGCAGACAGGACGCCCCUCCAUGAAGCAGCUCUGCAGGGUCGUUUACUGCCUCUAAAGAGACUCCUCUCCCAGGGGUUCCAUGUGGAUGUGGUCACUCUGGAUGGCAUCACUCCGCUUCAUGAAGCAUGUCUUGGGGGUCACCUUACGUGUGCAAAACUGCUACUGGAACAUGGAGCUAAUGCAGAAGCUGUAUCAGUUGAUGGUGUCACACCCCUCUUCAGUGCCUGUUGCAGUGGAAACUCCUCCCUUGUCAGCCUCAUUCUAAAUCGCAGCUCUAUCCUCCACCCAGCCCAUCUACUCAGAUCCCCAUUGCAUGAAGCAGCAAAGAGAGGACAUACGGAUUGUGUAGAGCUACUGAUCUCUCAUGGUGUGGAUGCUGACAUGGAGUUGGCUGAAGUUGGCACGCCACUGUAUUGUGCAUGCGAAAACAGGAGCACUGAAUGUGUACAGAGACUACUGGUCACAGGUGUCAAUGUCCAGUGUGGACGUGGUCUUGAUACACCCCUACACGCUGCAGCCAGGGUCGGUGGUUUCAAGGUGGUGGAGCUGCUGCUUGAGCAUGGGGCUGAUGGGAAUUGUAGGAAUUCUGAGGGAAAGAAAGCCGCUGACCUAGCCUCAAAUGAUAGCAUCAGAAAACUACUGCUGACAGCAGAUCCUGUUUCUCUGGUCCAGCUUUGCCGGUUGUGUGUUCGCCGCUCUCUUGGCAUAAAACGUAUCAACAGAAUAAAAGCCCUCUACUUGCCAGAAAGCAUAUACACUUAUCUACUGUAUCAGUAA